AUGAGGGGCAUUGACAGGGAUUUGUGAGGUUUUUCGCCCUUGGGGAACAUCAAGUUAUAUUGUACUUGACAGUUGUUGGUGAAUUCGUCGGAUUUUUUUGAUGUUUAUGGCUCUAUUCUUUGUAUAAGUUUCUAAAAUUGUCUUGAAUUUUUUUGCAAGGCUUUCGGUUCGAGUGCAGGUCGUAUUUUACCAUUUUCUCCAAUUUUCUCAAUCUUUUUAUAAUUUUGUCCAAAAAGUUAGAUGAUUUUCUGGUCUAAAAUUGUUUCUAUUUUGAUUAUUAAUUGAAUAGGCAUUUAUUUUUGUCAUUCCCUACAAUUUACAGUACUUUUUAAGGCAUGUACUUCUGUAGUAUAUUGGUAGUGAGUUGACUUUUGGCCCAAGAGGUCGCAGGUUCGAAUCCCACUUCCUGUAAUCCUCUUUUUAAGCGGGAAACGGUCGCAAAAAAUAUUCGCACGGGUAAUUUCUCAAUUGUAAAGGUUCGUUGACCUUUUUUAACCUUGUUUUAGUUACCAUUAUCAUAGCUAAAGUCCAAAAAAAUUAAAAAUUCCUUCAAAAAAUCUCUUUUUCCGUUAAAAAUACACCUUUUAUUACUCUCACCUUCGCUUUCUCCCCGAAAAUAACGUUUCCCGAUCCGCCGAGCUCGGAUUUCCGCUGCAUUUGACGUACCUUUGCAUACCUCUCCAUUGUUUUCUUCUUCUUUUUGUGGAUUUAUUCAUUUCCUCGGGGGCCAUAAAUAAAAACGGCCUCGGAAAAGCGGUCGGAAUCGCCGAUUAUCAUGGCGGAUUUGCGGAUUGGGGCCGGAAGAUUGGGGAGUUUACGAAUUUUUGGACAUUUUUCCCCAAAACUCGCAAUUCAAAGGCCUUAGGGCUUAAUUAUACGUGGGAAAACGACUAACAAUGGCGAGAUUAAGUGAGCAUUUGUCUGGAAAAGCGUUUUUGGACGUCUAAAAUAUCAAAAAAAGUUUAAAAAAAUUGAAUUUAUAGUGUAAAAACGGGUGAAACACUCUAAUUUUACCCAAAAAAUUGCUUUGAAAAGUGAAAAAAAAAUUGGGUUCCGGAAUUCAGACGUUUUUUCGGGCCAGACAAUAAUUCGCGGCCCCCUUUUUAACUGAUUUUCGUUUUUGUUUUGAGAUAAACACACUAAUCAAGAAGUGUUGAACCUGUCAGCUGAUCCUAAUCAGCGAUAAAAAGAAGGGAAAUUCUCGUCAUUCAUCACGGCAUCGCUUCGGAAGGCCGUUUUAUCGAUGAUUCUAUAGAUUAGAGGUCAAAAAAUGACUGUUUAGGGGGUUUUAUGGGAAAAAUGGAGAAUUUUUUGAGCUAAAAGUAGUAGUAAUUGCAAUUAGAAAGAUUAAUUUUCAAAUUACAGGCCUCAUGGUGUAUUUUGGCAGGUUUUGAGCCCAUGUACCCUUUUGGUGUAGUGGUAGUGAUUUGAAUUUUGAGUCAAAAGGUCGUGGGUUCGAGUCCCACUGGGGGAAAACCCUUUUUUGGCUAAAAAUCUGAGGAUUUAAGUUCAGAGCCUUAUUGAUUAUUAUUUUGCAAGCUACUGGGGGUAUUUUGAUAUCCUUUACCUUACACUAGCACCUGUAAUUUUUGAAAAAAUCUCGAUUUUCCCCCUUUUUUCCAAAUUUUUGCUAAAAAAGUUUCAAAAAUGACUCAUUCUGCCCCAAUUUCCCAACUGUUUUGUUUUCUCUCCUCACAUUGCGCAAUAUUAAACUGAUGUUGCGACCUGAAGCCCAAGUUUUGAAACUGAUACCGGUCAAGAUGUGCUGACUCACCGAUCAAACUUUCACUCCUCCCUUUCCGUGGGUUAGAGAAGAGGGCGGCUCUGAAACAGUAUUGCUGUCGGAUCGGUUUUUUAUACACUCAUAAUGUCAAUUUUGUUUUUUGGGGAAUUUUAAUGGGAAAAAUCAAGGACUGUUUUGGGGUUUUCUCGAUUGUUGUAACAAAUAAACGUCAAUGAAAAGGUGUUUAAGACUUUUUUCGCCUUGGUCUGAUCGUUUCUUCUUUCUAAAUUUGGAGUUUUAGAUAACCGACUGGCGGUUUUUCAUUUUUCGAGAGGUGAAAUGAGGUUUUUGGUUUAAAAAAUAGGUAAAAUACGGAAUAAAAAUUCGCUAAAUUGAAUUCUGAGGUCCCUAUCAGAGAUUGCCACGGUCAAAAUUUUGGCUCCGGCUCCGGCUCUUAGCUCCCAGAGCCGGAGCCGAGGCCAAAUUUGCAGCUCCGGCUCCGGCUCUUGGCUCCGUGCAAAAUUUAAAAAGGCCUCCGGCUCCGAACCCCGGCUCCUAUGCAAAAUGUUUUUUAGAAAUAUUUUUCCAAAAAUAAAAGUUAUUAGUGCCAGAGAUCAUACAGCCAACGUUUUGGCAGUCAAGUCACAUCCUCCGCAGUGUUUUUUCAAGCAAUUUGGUUUAACAAGAUCACGAAAUUUUUACUUUUCUGACCGCUGGGAAGCCUGGCUCCGACUUUGGGCUCGGGAGCCGGAGCCGACCCCAAAAUUUCCGGCUCCGGCUCUGGCUCCCGGCUCGGAGCCGGAGCCGCUCAGAGCCGGAGCCAAGAGCCGGCUCCGGAGCCGUGGCAAUCUCUGGUCCCUAUAGCAGACAGAAUAAGUUUUUGAAACUUUUCGGGCACUGUGUCUCUGUGGUUUAGUGGUAGUGAGAUGGAUUUGAAAAAAAUUUGGCGCAGGUUCGAAUCCCGGUAUCUGCAAGUCAAAAAAAUGUGGGAAAAAGGUUGAAAUAUGAAAGAUUACGGGGUUUUGUGUUUAUUAAUUUGAUUUUAAUAUUGUACUUGACAUUAAAUUUAAAUUUUUUGACGAUUAUUUACAAUUUUUUGCCUGUUUUGACGAUUUUUUGAUAUUUUCGUGGAUAUUUUGACGAGUUAGCAUCUCCAAUGACCUUUUUUAUAUUUUUUAUGUUGUAGACUACAAUAAUUUGCUGUUUACAGGGGCACCGCGGGCAGCACUCACCCAAAAACAACGAGCCGAACAGCCAUAUCUCUCCAAUAUCACACGCAUUUUUGCUGGUUGGGCCUUUGAAUAGAGAACCGGAAGCCUCGCACGAGCAUCCCCACACACAAACAACUAAUUCCAGGCUCUACACUUUGCCUUCCCCCCAACUUCUCACUUACAAUUACCGACUUUUUGAUUAUGAUGCAACGAUCGUUUUAAACGUAAGUUUUCGCUGAAAAUUUGAGCGCCUUUUGGGGAGAAAAUCAUAGAUUAGGAGAGCACAAAGUAUAGGAGAAGGAAAUCCGCGGAAAAGAAGUUGAAUUCGAAUCAAAAUAAAGGGAUUUUUGUGGGAAAAUUGCGAUUUUUACUGUAAAAUUGAAGACUUUUGUAAAGUUUGUGCGAUUUUUCAUAGAAUUCACCCUAUAUUCCGUAUUUAAAUUAUGUGUCAUGGCGUGUAUUUAAAUUAUUUUAAAGUACAGACAUUGAAAUGCCCGUAUUUUACCCAAAAAAUUGCGAUUUGGCCGAAAAAUACGUCAUUUUCAAAGAAAAAUUUGAAAUUUAUGCAAAUUUCGUAAAAUUUUUUUUAAAGUUUUUAUUGAUAAAGACUCUGAAUGGCUCGUAGAACAUAUUUAUAGUCCAUAACAUUGAAAUACUCAUCGUAUUUUACCCAAUCUGUCCAAAAAUCCCGUUUUUUCGUUCAAAAUUCAAAAAUAUUCAAAUUUCGCCUAAAAUCAAACAAUUUCCCAGCCAAAUCAGACCUUCUGGAUUUUAGAAACUUUAUCAUAUCAGAUUUUACACAAAAAGUUGGGGAUUUCUGGGACGAAAAUGCGGCGGAAGACGUUGUAAUUCGGGUAAGGUGAUCCAAAUCUUGUCUCAUCGCCCUUUUGUAGCCCUUUCCGUUGUAUAAACAUUAUUCAAGGUGAUUUGGAGUGGGAUUUUUUCGUUUUUUAAUUGAGUUUUGCGAAAAAUUUUAUUUGCCGCAGUGGGAUUCGAACUUGCGAGGUUUGGAUUGAAAAGUUGACUCGCUACCACUGCGCCAUAGAGCUACGGGGGCGGGAAAUUAGUGGAAUUGAGGGAAAAUGGUAUUGGUAUGAAUAAUAUGGAUGUUUAGGAUUAAAAUUGCGACUUUUAGUUUACCAAACAUUUAUUUUUGGGGAAAAAUUUGAUUUUUGGCCUAGAAUUUAUAAAUUUUUGUCGUAUUUUGGCUAAAUAAUGGUCAAAUUGAAUUAAAAUUUGAUGAUAGGGUAAAAUACGGUGACUUUUGCAAUUGAAAUAGUAAAAUACACGACCUCAUUUUACUGGUAAUGUAAAAUAAAAAAAAAAUUGUAAAAAAAUCCAAAAUUUUUUUUUGAAUGAUUAAAAAAAUGUCCUAAAAAUACUCUAAAUCGCAGAAUAAAUCUUCCUCAAUUCCAAAAAAGGCCUCAAAAACGAUUGUUUGACAUCAGAUCCGGCCUGAAAGUUGUACUUGAGCCCUCGGAACGGCCGGUCUCUUUGACCGCUCGAAUCCGCUUCCGGCCAGCCCCUAAUGACCUCCUCGUUUAUCCAGACGUUUUUUCCCUUCCCCCCUUGCUGCCCUAAUUUGUCCCAAAAGACGAAAAAUCAAAGAAUGUCGCGCUAAGAUUGAUUGCGCGGAAGAGAAAAAAGAGCACUAACCCAUGAAUUGAGAAGGAUGUAAAGUUGUAAAUAGCAGGCAGAAGAGGCUGUGGGUUGGGGAAGAGAUUUGAGCUGUGAUUAUGGUACGAUUUUAGGUUUGCACAGGGCGAAAUUACAAUUUUUUAAUUUUUUGGGGAAAUUUGAAAAAAUGAUUUUUUUUUGUUAAAUUGCCUUAGGGAAUGUGGUUAAAAUGCCAUUAUAAGAGACUAAUAGGGUGAAGAAGUGAUUUAAGUUUUGAUUAUGGGUUAUUUGAGGCUGAUACAGUGCGAAAAUUGAAAUUUUUUUGAAUUUCGGGUUAAAAUCUUGAAUUUUUUGUUAAAUCCCCUUAGGCAAUUGAGUGGAAAUGCUUUUUGACGAUUCUUGAGUCCUAUAGAAUUGAUUUAGUUUAUAUUUUCAUAAUUUUGACUGUCAAAAAAUCAAAAAUUUGGGAUUUUUUCGGCAAAAUUGGCAAAAAAUUGGGGAAAUUGAUAAAUGCCCUAAGGCAAUAAUGAAUUUUUGAACGGAAAGUGGCAUGUAAUGACGAGAUUUGAUUCACUAGACUUCUUCAAUUGUGCCAGCAUUAAAAAUUAAGCUCUUGGUAUCAAUUUUUUAUAUUAUUUACCAUGUCUAAUAUACUAGUCAUGAUUUAUGCCUCGAAGGCUUGCUUUAAAAAGCCAUACUACAGAUUUUAAGAAUCUUUUUUGCUUUUACAAUUUCCAAAGUUUCAUUGUCGUAGCAGGUCUUCUGAAAUCUGUUUCUGGAGCUUUUAAUUACAUACCAAACUUUCAAACCGACAAGCAAAAAUUAAUCAGAAAUCAUAAAAAUUGUUGUUCCAUUUCCCUCAAACUUUGCAUAUAAAACCCUCAGGGUAUGGUUUCAUUAUUCAUAGACCGGCUGCUUGAACGAACCCGCAGGGCAUCAGAUAUGGGUCUCGGAAUACCUAGUGUAAUAUCGUGUCUGCAAGUCUGGGUUCCUUCUAGAAUUGUACAAUUAAUAUCGAAAACAAUAGAUUAGCCCAUGAGACAUAAUACCCGCGCCGGAACCAAGUCAUUGCCUCAGGGAAUCCACUGAUUUUCGAAAUUUUUCUCCCAAAUUCGGGAUUAAUCCCCACUCAGACGCGGAAAACCUCGCUGUUCUCGGAGUGUUAGGUAAUUUCGAGCACAGUGGGGAUUCCCUGAAUGUCCGCUGGGCUCAUUGUUAGGAAAGCCGGCUAAGCCCUCCGGCAAUUAUGUAUAAUGCACGGGAAAUCCGCGGAAUCGGAGGUUAUAAAUGAAUUUUGAUGUGUUGGAAGGUGAAAUCUUGAUGAAAUUUUGAUUUAGAAUGUACUUUAGGGGUAUAUGGCGUGUGAAAAGUGGGGUUUUAUUGAGUAGUAGUUCAAGUUUUAACCUUGUUUGAAGAUUUUACCUUAUUUUAGGCUAAAAUAAGGUAAUUUUUGGUGUUUUUGAAGAAUUUUUUGAUAGGCGAAGGUUGGACAUGGUCGUAAAAAGCGUAGUAAGGCAGUAUCUAGAAGUUUGGGGUAAAUACGAGAUAAUACAGAUGAUGCUUUUGAAUUUCGACCGUGUUUUAUUAGGUUGUCCCAUAAAUAGUGUCCCUCUUCCGAAUAUUUCCUUAAACUACAAAAUUUACCGCAGUAACAGCGAUCUAUUUAAUCAAAAUCAUUAUCAUCCGUUUGGGCACGCUUAGUAGAAUGUACCAAGAGCUUUUUUUGCCGGUAGCUUCAAAACUCCGGAUUCUGGAACCGAUGAAACUUUCAAAGGCCUUUUGAAGGGUGUCUUAAUUGACGAAUUCCCUACCACGGAUGAAACGUGGUAGAUCCUUGAACAAUUGGUAAUCUGUAUAGGCUACGUUUGACGAAUGCGCCUAACGGGGGAGAGUCUCGUAUCUUUGUUAAUUUGGAUUCCGGAGGGUUAUUUUUGCAAGGUGAGGUUCGGCGUUCUCGCCAUGAACUUUCGGACCUCUGCAGUGUAUUUCUGAAGGCAGAUUGUGCCACAAAUUGUCCAUGUAGGUACAGUAGAGGACGCUAUUUACUGUUUGCCCAGGUUCUAGGAAUUUGUACUGUGCGAAGCUAACGUUACGCCAUCAAAAAAGUGGUCGUGACCGUCUUCUAGUGGAACUCAGAAUUUGGGAAGUGCUGUGGUAGUACUCCGGGGUGCUUCAUUGACCAAAUCUUGUCUAGGUGUCGUAUUUAAUCCACUUUUCACCAUGAGCCAUGGUACGAUCCAGGAAAUCUGGAUAUUCGGCUCGGAAAAGCAAAAAACCCGGUGCCUUCAUUCUGGGCUUUGGUCCACUAAUAUGGGAAGAAUUUGUCGAGCUUUUUCUUGAAACUAUCGGCAUCGAACCGUUAACCGCUGAUAAUUUUGAUACCACAACGAUCCCAGAAAGGCGUCGGAUGUUGAUUUCAUGAUUUUUGUCUACCAAUGACCUCAGGGUAAAUUCGCAAAGCUGAGAGGGCGCACUUUGUCUUAGGGCUCCCCGCGGCCAGGUCGAUUUUUUUUAAACCAUCGUUUCACCGUUACCGGAAUUACAGCACAGUGACUGAACAUGGUGUUGAUACUUCGUGUAGGUUCUGAAACCGUAGCACCCUGUUUUUCCUCACACAAGUUGAUGGCACGAAUCUACCUUUUUUCGGCAAUUUUGAAUUGGCGCUAAAUUACUGUAAUUUCAUCCAAAUGUGGCAUACGAUACAUUAAACGAAAGCCUGAGAUCACAGCUACAAAACGGUAGUAACAUUGCAAAAUUUGGCUGGCGCUUACGUUUUUUAUAGACGUUUGAUUUUGCCCCUCUCGAAGAGGGACACUAUUUAUGGGACAACCUAAUAGCUAUCGUAUGUUAAUUUUCGAUGGUUUUGUGGAAAUUCUUUGAUGAAGUGAAGUCUCAUAGUGUCGGAAAUGCGUAAUAAGUCAGUAUUCAACAUUUUUAGGGGUAAAAUACGUCUCUCGGAGACAAAUUUGUGAUUUUUUGCCUUAUUUUAGUCUAAAAUAUGGUGAUUUUUGAUGUUUGAUCCAUUUUUUGCCGAAAAACCUUAUACAGUGGCGUACCUGAUCCAGUGGCAAAAAACGUACCGUUUUGCGUCCGAGGAGUAUCAAAAAAUGCGGCAAAAUACCUCCAUUUGCAAGUGAAAAUGAUUUCAAAAGCGCGCCCACUCCUUUUAAGGGCGUGCUCUUCAAAAGGGUUUUUUUAGUUGCAAAGGGUGGUAUUUUGCUGCAUUUUCUGAUACUCCCCGGACGCAAAAUUAUGCGUUUUCUGCCACUGGAUCAGGUCCGCCACUGUAUGGCCUUUUCUCGGCAAAAAAUGGAUCAAAACGUCAAAAAUCACCAUAUUUUAGACCAAAAUAAGGUAAAAAAUCACAAAUUUGCCCUUUUGAAAACGUAUAUACCUCUUAAAAUAUUAGAUACUGACUUGUUACGCAUUUCCGACUCUACGAGACUUCACUUCAUCAUACAAUUUCCACAAUAACAUCGAAAAUUACUUUAACAUAGCUAAAAUAAGGUGGAAAUUCAAAAGUAUCAUCUGAACUAUUUCGUAUUUUACCCCAAACUUUUAGAUACUGCCUUAUUGCGCUUUUUACGACCAUGUCCAACCUUCACCUAUCAAAAAAUUCUUCAAAAACACCAAAAAUUACCUUAUUUUAGCCUAAAAUAAGGUGAAAUCUUCAAACGAGGGGUUAAAGCUUGCACUACUACUCAAUAAAACCCACUUUUCACACGCCAUAUACCACUAAAGUGCAUUCGAUAUCAAAAUUUCAUCAAGAUUUUACCUUCCAACACAUCGAAAUUCAUCUAUAACCUCCGAUUCUUAUUUUAGUCCUCUAUUCGGAGUUUUUUUUGCAAAAACUUCGAAGUAUUAAGGCGAUUUUCAAAAAUUCUAUGGCCUAAAGUACGAUUUUGAAAAAAGAAUUUGAUUUUUUUUUUUUUUUUUAUUUUUUUCAUCAAAAAAAAAUUUUUUUUCAGAAACUCCCCUCACUAACCGCCCAUAUGAGCUCCCCGUGCCCGUGUCGAAGGUGGGGCGCCUCGACCCCACUCCCCCCGCCCCGCUCAACUCCCCUUUCACGGGCCCUUCUCCCCGUUCUUCUGAUCUCAUUCCUGGCCCUCUGCACCGUGCAGGCCGAUCUCACCUCCUCCCCCACGGGUCCCAUCAAACUCUACACCAACCAAUGGGCCGUUCGAAUAGCGAACGGCACCGAAAUGGAUGCGCAAGAGCUGGCGCGAAAGCACGGCUACGAAUUCGUGGGCCGCGUGAUCCCCGGAAAGGACUAUUUUUUGUUCAAAGACGCCCGAGGCAAGAGCCGAUCGGUGAGAAGGUCGAGGAGUCUGGCUUCAGUCUCGCUGCAAAGGGACCCGAGUGUAAGUUUGAGGGGUUUUUUGAGUGAUUUUUUGGGAGUUAAAAGUGGAUUUUGAGGGAAAAGGAAGGAUUUUGCGGAUUUUUUUUGAUUUUUGGAAGAAAUAAUGGGGAAAAAAGUUGAUUUAUGGAUUGCUAGGUAAAUUUUAUGCUCUGAUUUUUGAUAUACAUACUAUUUAUGUUUGAAUUUAACGAAAAUUUAUCAAAUUUUGACUAAAUUAUGUAAAAAAAGUCUUAUUAUUUUUUAUUUUUUUCGCUUUAAAAUUUGAUUUUAAUCAAAAAAUUUUAGCGAAAAACAUAAAAUUUUAUGAGCUUUUCAACCUCAAACUUCAUUCCUCUCGAAUUUUAGGUGACAUGGCUCCAACAACAGGUGGCGAAACGACGCGUAAAACGCGACUUCUUCUCCGACGACCGUCCCCACUCGUACACGCCGCGUCGUAUCGACGCGUCCCCCGAUUACCGCGUCAUUCAUGACGAUAUCUUCCACAAGAACAACGAACUGGGCGGACAGAACUAUCGCAAGAAGUAUGGGACUCCGAAUGACCCGUAUUGGAAGGACAUGUGGUAUCUGCAUCGGAGCGACAAUCGAGACGGAACUUUGCUGGACCACAAUGUAAAAGAGGCCUGGGAUCUGGGCUAUACGGGCAGAGGAGUGGUCGUCACCAUCCUAGAUGAUGGUCUAGAACAUACGCAUCCCGAUAUCGAACCAAAUUAUGUGAGUUUUUGGGGAUUUUAGGAAGUUGGAUUGGUCCCACCACGAAAACUUGAAAUUGCAAAAAAUUUAUUGGCAUUGUGUUUCAAAAGGUGAAUGGGGGCAAUUGGAGAUUCUAUGUAAAGUCUUGACGGCGCAGAGCUGUCCUGAAUAAAUUUCUGGAGACUAUUUGGGUCCCACCACGAAAACUUGAAAUUGCUUGGCAUUGUGUUUCAAGAGUUGAUUUCCAUUGAUUGUGAUUCAAAAUGGCUUUUCGAAGCCUUCCGUUGUUACCGGACCUUAUUUAUGGUGAAAUUCUGAUGAUUUUUGGGUACCACCACGAAAACUUGAAUUUUAGAAUUUAGCUUGCGGAAUUUGCAAAACGAAUGAGUACUUCGCUUGUUUUUUUUUAAUUUUAAGGUCAAUUUCAUUAUACACGCCGUAUUUUAAAACUUUUGGGUCCCACCACGAAAUCCUGAAAAUUCUCCAAGACGUCCCAAAUUACUAAAUUCGACUUUUGCAGGACCCCCGAGCAUCCUACGACGUCAACGAAGGAGACGCCGACCCCACUCCCCGCUACGAAUACACCGAUGAAAACCGGCACGGCACUCGGUGUGCGGGCGAAGUGGCUGCCGUCUACAAUAACUCCCUUUGCAUCGUCGGAAUCGCCUUCAACGCCAAAAUUGGCGGCAUCAAGAUGCUGGACGGAGAGGUUACGGAUGCGGUGGAGGCGUCUAGUUUGUCCCACAACCCGAAUCAUAUCGACAUUUACUCGGCUUCCUGGGGUCCUGAUGAUGAUGGCAGAACCGUCGAUGGACCGGCUGAUCUGACAAGACAGGCUUUUGAAAAUGGAGUUAGAGAAGGUAGGUAGAUGUUUGGAAUUUUUUUUUUGGGUUAAGAAAUUUUUUUUUUAGUUUUGAGUUUUGCACUGUGCAGAAAUUAAAAUUUUAGAGGCUGCACGGUGCAGAGAACUUUUUUCACACUUGGUUAAAUUUUGCACGGUGCAGAUAAAAAUUUGUUGCACAGUUCGGAGAAUUUUUUUCUUUGCACAGUGCAUUUUUAGGUUGUCGCUGCCCUUUUUUUGAUUAUUGCACGGUGCAAACUUCCAAAUUUUCUGAUUUGCACUGUGCGCUUUAUUAUUAUUUUUUUUUAUUUUUGCACUGUGCGGAAAUUAAAGGUUUGGAGUCUGCACGGUGCAGAGAACUUUUUUCUCACUUGGUUAAAUUUUGCACGGUGCAGAAGCAAGUUCACUGCACUGUGCGAAAAUUUUUUCCUUGCACAGUGCGGUUUUAUUUUUUCUGCACCGUGCAAACGAAGUCAGCGUUCUAUCUGCACUGUGCGGAGAAUUUUGUUUCUUUGCACAGUGCAUUUUUUAGGUUGUCGCAGGCCUUGUUUUUACCAUUGCACGGUGCAAACCUGCAAGUUUUCAAAUUGCACUGUGCACUUUAAUUUUUUGAAUUUUUGCACGGUGCAAUUUUUUGGAUAUCAGUUUUGCACUGUGCUAAAGUUUAAAAAAAUCCAGAAAUGAAUAAUUUGAAUACCGGAUAUUAAUUCCAAAUAAUUUUCAGGACGUGGAGGCCUCGGUUCGAUUUUCAUUUGGGCCUCGGGCAAUGGCGGGAAGGACGCGGAUUCCUGCAACUGCGACGGCUACACGAACUCGGUCUUCACUCUCUCCAUAUCCUCCGCCACCGAAAACGGGAACAUCCCGUGGUAUUCGGAGGCCUGUUCCUCCACCCUGGGCACUGCUUAUUCGUCCGGAGCGACCGGCGAGAAGAUGAUCGCCACCACGGAUCUGCAUCAUUCCUGCACCAAAACCCACACCGGAACCUCGGCUUCGGCCCCAUUGGUGGCCGGAAUCGCGGCGUUGACGCUGGAAUCGAACCCAAGGCUGACUUGGAGGGAUCUGCAGGUAAAUUUCGGGGAGAUUUUUGGGGGGAUUUUGGGAUUUAUGGGAAAAAAAUUUUUUUAUUUUUCAAAAAAAAAAUGUUUUUUUAUUUUCAAUUAAAUUUUUUUUCUGAUUUUUUCUCCAGAGUAAGUAUGAGUUUUAAAAAAAAUUUUGGGGAAUUUUUGGAUUUUUUUUGGGGUUUUCCAAAAAAAAAAAAAAUUUUUUGACUUAAAAUUUUUUGCUGAUUUUUUCUCCAUGGUAAAUACGAGUUUAAAAAAAAAAUUUUUCUUUUCUUAAAAUACGAUUUUUUUUAAAUUUCAAAAAAUUCAGCUCAAAAAAUUGAUUAACACAAAGUCCUAAGCUCGUAUUUUACAUCCCAAAAUUUUCUAUUCACUCUAAAAAGUUUUCCUUUCAGCAUAUCGUGGUCCGAACUUCGAACCCUAAGGGCCUGAAAGCGGGCGAUUGGAAGACGAACGGAGUCGGUCGGAAUGUCUCCCAUUCCUUCGGCUACGGCCUUCUGGACGCCGGAGCAAUGGUCCGUCUGGCUCGCCAAUGGAGAACAGUCCCUCCGCAACGAGCCUGUCGCGCCUCUUAUCCGGCACCCUAUAAAACCAUACCAAAUGCGAAUCGAUUGCAUUUGCAGAUGUUUACAACCGCUUGCACGGGCGACCCACAGAAUGAAAUACGGCAAUUGGAGCAUGUACAGGCCAUUAUCACACUAAAUGCACCGAAACGAGGCGAUGUUCAGGUAAAAAUUUUGGAUUUUUUACAAUUUUUAGAAAUUUUUCGUUGAAAAAUCGGUAUUUUAGAAAAAUUUUUGGAUUUAUUUUGAUGGGAAGGCGAUUUUUUUGGUAGUUUUAGUCAAGAACGUUUUCUGGACGACGUAUUUUACGAUUAUUUAAAUUUUUCGCACUGUGCAUCGACCUUUUGUUGGCGUCUUUGCUCUUUGCACAGUGCAAAAAAAAAUUUGAAAAUUUGCACAGUGCAAAUGAGAAGCGGCUCAAAGUUUUGUCGCCGAUUUUGCACUGUGCAUUUUCGAAAGUUUUUCAUCUGCAGUUUGUCGCACAGUUUGCACAGUGCAAAUGAUGAGAUGUCAGGAAAAUUUUUUGGUUUUCGCACUGUGCGGUUUAAAAAAUUUUUUUAUUUUUUCGCACAGUGCAGUCGGAAAUGUUUUAUUUUUUUUGCACUGUGCAGUGGAAUUUUAAAUUUGCUGUUUAAAAUUACGCACAGUGCAAAUUAAAAGGCCGGAUUUUUCGCACUGUGCGGUUUGAAUUUGAUUCUGGGUCUGCACUGUGCGAAAAAAUAGAAGACUUUGUUUUUGCACAGUGCAGUCGGAAAUGUUUUGUUUUUGCACGGUGCAGUCGGAAAUGUUUUGUUUUUGCACCGUGCAGUCGGAAAAUUUUUUGGUUUUCGCACAGUGCUGUUUGAAAUAUUUUAUUUUUUCGCACAGUGCAGUCGGAAAUGUUUUAUUUUUUUGCACUGUGCAGUCAGAAAAGUUUUUUUUGCACAUUGCAGUCGGAAAACCGGGGAAUCGUGGUAAAAAUCAAAAAAACUUAUAAAAUAAUUUGUAUCAUCCUAAAAUUUUUUUUGUGUUGAAAAUUUUUUUUCAUUUUCAAUUUUCCUUUCCAGGUGUACCUAAUCUCGCCAGCCGGCACUCGCUCCACAUUAUUGGCGAAAAGAGUGCGCGACACGAGUCGGACCGGCUUCCGCGACUGGGCCUUCAUGACCACUCACUGUUGGGGCGAGUCGGCGACGGGGACCUGGUCGCUGGAGAUCGACAACGACGGCUGGGAGGACGCCGAACUCCUCAAAUGGGACCUUGUCUUCUACGGGACCUCCGAACCGGUGGGACCCUUGGGCGGAGAGGGGUAUUACAUCAGCGAACGGUCCGUUGACCACAGCUUUCAGCCACAAUCCGCGGCAGGGAAUGCGAUAAAGGCCACCAACACGAUAUUGAUCAUAUUAACCAUGAUAGCAGCCAAAAUUUUGAUGUGA